GAUUGGUCAACAGCAGCUCCGGUGUUUUGAAUGGAGCUUUUCGAGCUCGUGGUGUUAUGUAGGUACUUUACUACAUCUGCGCAAUGGAUCCCGUAAAGGCUAUACGGGUUUAUUUAGAUUUCUUUUUAUUGUUUUUCAUCUUCGCGAGAUGUCAGGGUCGCGACUCAGACUCGGAUUAUGUUACGUGCGGAUCUUUAGUGAAACUGCUAAACACGAGGCAUAAUGUUAGACUCCACUCGCAUGAUGUGAAAUACGGCUCAGGUAGUGGGCAGCAGUCGGUAACAGGUGUGGAUACAGCGGAUGAUGCAAACAGUUACUGGCGUAUCCGUGGUAAACCAAAUGAAAUAUGCCAGCGUGGAGUGCCCAUUAAAUGUGGUCAGGCUAUCCGUUUUACUCAUAUGAAGACAGGACGCAACCUCCACAGCCACCAUUUCAGCUCUCCUCUAUCGAGCAACCAGGAGGUGAGUGCGUUUGGAGAGAACGGUGAAGGCGAUGAUUUAGAUGUGUGGACUGUCCAGUGCAGUGGAACCUACUGGGAGCGCGAAGACGCAGUCCGGAUCAAACAUCUCGGCACCAGCGCCUUCCUCAGCGUGACUGGAGAGCAGUAUGGCCAUCCAAUCAGGGGCCAGCGUGAGGUCCACGGAAUGCCCUCGGCCAAUCCGAACAACUACUGGAAGGUGAUGGAGGGGGUUUUUAUUCUUCCCAGUACUGACCCUUCACAUCAUGAUGAGCUCUGAUGACUCAAAAAGCACUGUACUCUCAGCCAAUAAAGACUGUACCACCAUUUCCACUUAGUGUUUUAGUUUAAUUUGUACAUGUCCUGUCUGAUCUGAUUGGAGUUUAUUUUUUAUUUCCGGUUUAUUUUCUACCCUUUAUGUCUGUUUUGUAAUUAUAAAUCACAACUCAAUAAAAUGUAUAGAAUAAAAAUUAUACUUUUAUUCAAUUUCCCAGUUGGUAAAGAAUGACAUUACGUUUUUAUUUGCGUGUGUGUGUGUGUGUGUGUGUGUGUGUGUGUGAGGGUGAAAAUGACUAUUAGCUGUGGGUUUGAUGUUUUACAGUGGUUAUAUUUUAUUAUCAGUAGUACUGCAGAGUCUGUUGAUUGGCUGUUUAAAGGGUGGAAUUAUACUGUAACAAUAAAUUCAUUUUUACAAACUUAAAAUCAGGUGUUGGCCAUUCUAAGAACAUUAGAGGACGGUAUCUGUGCUGAAUAAACUUUGGUUACAUGUG